GGGCGGGCUCUAGCUGGUGGCACUCGCGCGCAGGCGCAGUCACUGUGCUCGCAUCCAAAGAUACUAGAGGAGCAUCGGUGAUCGGUGGGGGGUUUGCACUCGACCCUGUGAAUUGCUCCAGAAAUGGCUUUGCAAAUGAACGCUGGACAGAUUCGCCAGAAAUUUAUUAAUUUCUUCAAACAACACAGCCAUGAGUAUGUGCACUCCUCAGCCACUGUCCCUCUUGAUGACCCCACUCUUCUCUUUACUAAUGCUGGCAUGAAUCAGUUUAAACCAAUUUUCUUGAACACGAUUGACCCAUCCCAUCCAAUGGCCAAAUUAACAAGAGCUACAAAUACUCAGAAAUGCAUCCGUGCCGGUGGGAAACACAAUGACCUGGAUGAUGUUGGAAAGGAUGUUUAUCAUCAUACCUUUUUUGAGAUGUUGGGUUCGUGGUCUUUUGGUGAUUACUUCAAGGAAUUGGCUUGUGAGAUGGCCUUGAAAUUGUUGACGAAGGAGUUCGGAAUCCCCAUCGAAAGGCUUUAUGUGACUUACUUUGGAGGGGAUGCAAAAGCGGGACUGGAACCAGAUCUUGAAUGCAAGCAGAUCUGGCUAAAUCUUGGAAUGGCAGAAGAAAGGAUUCUACCAGGCAGCAUGAAAGAUAAUUUCUGGGAGAUGGGCGAUACCGGACCUUGUGGCCCAUGCAGUGAGAUGCAUUAUGACCGUAUUGGUGGACGUGAUGCUGCUCACCUGGUCAACAUGGACAAUCCUAAUGUUCUGGAGGUCUGGAAUCUUGUGUUCAUUCAAUUCAACAGAGAGGUUGACGGCAGUCUGAAACCCCUGGCUAAGAAGAGCAUUGAUACUGGAAUGGGUUUUGAACGGCUGGUGUCAGUUCUACAAGAGAAGAUGUCGAAUUAUGACACAGACUUAUUUAUACCUUAUUUUGAAGCAAUUCAGAAAGGAACUGGUGCCAGGCCAUACACUGGGAAGGUGGGAGCUGAGGAUGUUGAUGGAAUUGACAUGGCAUACAGAGUGUUGGCAGAUCAUGCACGGACAAUAACAAUUGCGUUGUCCGAUGGUGGCAGGCCUGAUAAUACUGGUAGAGGAUAUGUUUUGAGGAGAAUUUUACGAAGAGCAGUCCGAUAUUCCCAUGAGAAGUUGAAUGCAUCAAAGGGUUUCUUUGCAACUUUGGUUGAUGUGGUGGUUGAAUCUUUGGGGGAUGCAUUCCCAGAACUAAAGAAAGAUCCAGAUAUGGUGAAGGAUAUUGUUAAUGAAGAGGAGGAGCAGUUUUUGAAAACACUCAACAGGGGACGGCGUAUCCUGGAACGGAAGAUUCAGAGCUUAGCAGAUCAUAAAAUCAUACCAGGUGAUACAGCUUGGCUGCUUUAUGACACUUAUGGUUUCCCUGUGGAUUUGACUGGGCUGAUUGCUGAAGAGAAGGGACUCCGUGUAGACCUAGAGGGCUUUGAGGAAGAGAAAAGAGCUGCUCAACUGAAAUCUCAGGCUAAAGGUACAGGCGAUGAUGAUCACAUCAUGUUAGACAUCUAUGCAAUUGAUGAACUGCACGCUAAGGGCUUCGAGGUCACUAAUGACUCAUCAAAGUACAACUAUAAAUCAGAUGAUGACGGAAACUAUGCUUUUGAGUCUGUCGAGGCCACGGUGAAAGCAAUCCGCAGGGAAAAAAUGUUUGUGGAGGAGGUGAAUACAGGUCAGGAUUGUGGUGUGCUGCUGGAUGCCACGUGCUUCUACGCUGAGCAAGGUGGACAGAUUUAUGACGAAGGUUACUUGAUAAAGGAGGAUGACAACAGUGAAGAUAAAACUGAGUUCACAGUGAAAAACGUACAGGUACGAGGCGGUUAUAUCCUACACAUCGGAACGGUUUAUGGACAACUGAAAGUGGGAUAUAAAGUUCAUCUAUUCAUUGAUGAGGCCAAGAGGCGAACUGUCAUGAGCAACCACACCAGCACACACAUGAUGAACUUUGCUCUGCGAUUGGUGCUGGGUGAGGCUGACCAGCGAGGCUCUCUUGUGGCACCAGACAGACUGCGUUUCGAUUUCACAGCCAAAGGAGCAAUGAGCACGCAGGAGAUCAAACAAUGUGAAGAGAUAACAAACAAGAUGAUUCAGGAUGCCAAGCCAAUCUAUGCCAAGGAUACUCCCCUUGCUGAAGCUAAAGCUAUUCAGGGCCUCCGCGCUGUAUUUGAUGAGACGUAUCCUGACCCAGUACGAGUGGUGUCUGUGGGGAUUCCUGUGGAGGAUAUGCUAGCCGACCCAUCAGGACCAGCAGGCUCGGUCACUUCAGUGGAAUUUUGUGGUGGAACGCAUCUGCAGAACUCUGCCCAUGCUAGUCCUUUUGUGAUUGUAUCAGAAGAAGCUAUUGCAAAAGGCAUCAGGAGAAUAGUUGCAGUGACAGGAUCAGAAGCUCAGAAGGCACUAAGAAAGGCAGAUGCCCUUCAAAAGUCUCUUGUUGCACUGCAGUCAAAGGUCCAAGUCCAAAUCUCUCCCAGUAAGGAGACCCAGAAAGAGAUUGCUGACCUUACAGAGAUGAUAGGCAUUGCAGUUAUUCCCCAAUGGCAGAAGGAUGAACUGAGAGACAAGCUGAAGUCCUUGAAGAAAAUUAUGGAUGACUUGGACAGAGCCAGUAAAGCAGAGUUGCUAAAGAAGGUACGUGAGAAAACCAAACAGUUCAUAGACACUAAUCGAAACCAGCCUUUAGUCGUAAUGGAAAUGGAACCAGGGGCGCCAGCAAAGGCGCUGAACGAAUCUCUAAAACUGUUCAAGUCGCACUCUCCACAGUCUGCAGCAAUGUUGUUUGCUGUAGAUAGGGAUACAGGAACAAUCACGUGCUUGUGCCAAGUACCCCAGGAAACUGUAAGCAGGGGUUUGAAAGCCAGUGAGUGGGUUGGUCACAUCUUGGAAUUAAUGGACGGAAGAGGAGGAGGAAAAGACAUGUCUGCUCAAGCCACGGGGAAAAAUAUCAACGAUCUUGAUAAAGCACUGAAGCUGGCAACUGAAUUUGCUAAACUUAAAAUAGGAGACCUCAAAAACUGACAAAUAUCCUAAAUAACACUUGAAAGACUGUAUGGUGUAGGAGUUGGAUCCUGCUUCCAUGACGGCAAAAUGUUCCACUCCCUGCUAGCUGACGUAACAACGCUGCCAAAUGAUAUAAAGAAAAAGGAAUGUCUAGAAAAUGUAUUAAAUGGCUUUUAAGUAACUAAUCACCUUUGUCAAACCUUUUGUGUUGAAAUGUCUGCUAUUAAUUAAGUUUAAAUAAAGGGACUGGCCACAAAUUCUGCUCUUUUAAAAAAUGGCUGUAAUUUGCUGAAAAUAAAGACAAACUAUUAUAGCUC